GUAGCAGCAACAUGGCGCGGGCCGCCGCCUGAGCAUCCUCCUCCUCCUCCUCCUCCUCCUCCUCCUGCUGCCGCUCCCGCCCGCCUCCGCCUCCCGCCGCCGGGCUGCCGCAGAGGGGCCGCCCGCCCGCGCCCUGCGCCAUGGCAGCCUCCGAGCUCUACACGAAGUAUGCCAGGGUCUGGAUCCCUGAUCCAGAGGAGGUGUGGAAGUCAGCAGAACUCCUCAAAGAUUAUAAACCUGGAGAUAAAGUCCUUCAGCUUCGGCUGGAAGAGGGCAAGGACCUAGAGUACAGCCUCGACCCCAAGACCAAGGAGCUGCCCCCCCUGAGGAACCCCGACAUCCUGGUUGGUGAGAACGACCUGACAGCCCUGAGCUACCUGCACGAGCCUGCUGUCCUGCACAACCUCAAAGUCCGCUUCAUCGACUCCAAACUCAUCUACACCUACUGUGGUAUUGUUUUAGUGGCCAUAAAUCCUUAUGAACAACUGCCUAUCUAUGGAGAAGACAUCAUCAAUGCCUACAGUGGCCAGAACAUGGGGGAUAUGGACCCACACAUCUUUGCAGUGGCUGAGGAGGCAUACAAGCAGAUGGCCAGGGAUGAGAGGAAUCAGUCCAUCAUCGUCAGUGGGGAGUCUGGAGCUGGCAAGACUGUCUCUGCCAAGUAUGCCAUGAGAUACUUUGCCACGGUCAGCGGGUCUGCCAGCGAAGCCAACGUCGAGGAGAAGGUCUUGGCCUCCAACCCCAUCAUGGAGUCCAUUGGAAAUGCCAAAACUACCAGGAAUGACAACAGCAGUCGCUUUGGUAAAUACAUUGAGAUUGGCUUUGAUAAGAGGUAUCGAAUCAUUGGUGCUAACAUGAGAACUUACCUCUUGGAAAAGUCCAGAGUGGUGUUUCAGGCAGAAGAGGAGAGAAAUUACCACAUCUUUUACCAGCUUUGUGCCUCUGCAGCAUUGCCUGAGUUUAAAACUCUACGCUUAGGGAAUGCAAAUUACUUUCACUAUACAAAGCAAGGUGGAAGCCCUGUGAUUGAUGGUGUUGAUGAUGCUAAGGAAAUGGUGAACACCAGGCAGGCCUGCACUUUGCUAGGGAUUAGUGACUCGUACCAGAUGGGAAUUUUUCGAAUCCUGGCUGGCAUCCUUCACCUGGGCAACGUGGAGUUUGCAUCUCGGGAUUCUGACAGCUGCACUGUUCCUCCCAAGCAUGAGCCCCUCACUAUCUUCUGUGACCUCAUGGGUGUGGAGUAUGAGGAGAUGGCCCACUGGCUGUGCCAUAGGAAGCUCGCCACUGCCACUGAAACUUACAUCAAGCCAAUUUCCAAACUUCACGCCAUCAAUGCCAGAGAUGCACUUGCCAAACAUAUCUAUGCUAACCUCUUCAACUGGAUUGUGGAUCAUGUGAACAAAGCCCUUCAUGCUGCUGUAAAACAGCAUUCUUUCAUCGGGGUGUUGGACAUCUAUGGAUUUGAAACAUUUGAAAUCAACAGCUUUGAACAGUUCUGUAUCAACUAUGCCAAUGAAAAACUGCAGCAGCAGUUCAAUAUGCAUGUCUUUAAGCUGGAACAAGAAGAAUAUAUGAAGGAACAAAUACCAUGGACCUUGAUUGAUUUCUAUGACAAUCAGCCUUGCAUCAACCUCAUAGAGGCCAAAAUGGGAGUUCUGGAUCUGUUGGAUGAGGAGUGCAAGAUGCCAAAAGGCUCAGACGACUCUUGGGCCCAAAAACUUUACAAUACUCAUUUGAAUAAAUGUGCUCUCUUUGAAAAGCCACGUAUGUCAAACAAGGCCUUUAUCAUCAAGCACUUUGCUGACAAGGUGGAGUAUCAAUGUGAAGGCUUUUUGGAAAAGAAUAAAGACACAGUUUAUGAAGAACAAAUUAGGGUCCUAAAAUCAAGUAAGUUUAAGCUGCUGCCAGAGUUGUUCCAGGAUGAGGAGAAGGUGCUCAGCCCCACUUCAGCAGCCCCUUCAGGGCGCGUGCCUCUGACUCGAAUGCCUGUCAAACCUGCCAAGGCCAGGCCAGGCCAAGCCAGCAAGGAGCACAAGAAAACUGUGGGACACCAGUUUCGAAACUCUCUUCAUCUGCUGAUGGAAACCCUGAAUGCUACAACCCCACACUAUGUGCGCUGCAUUAAGCCAAACGACUUCAAGUUCCCAUUCACGUUUGAUGAGAAGCGGGCGGUGCAGCAGCUGAGAGCCUGUGGUGUGCUGGAGACCAUCCGGAUCAGUGCUGCUGGCUUCCCCUCCAGGUGGACGUACCAGGAGUUCUUCAGCCGUUACCGGGUUCUGAUGAAGCAGAGGGAUGUCCUUGGUGACCGAAAGCAGACGUGUAAAAAUGUCCUGGAGAAGCUGAUUCAGGACAAGGAUAAGUACCAGUUUGGGAAGACAAAAAUAUUUUUCCGGGCUGGUCAAGUAGCCUACCUGGAAAAAAUAAGGGCAGAUAAGUUGAGAGCUGCCUGUAUCCGCAUCCAAAAGACGAUCCGGGGCUGGCUGAUGAGGAAGAAGUACAUGCGGAUGAGGAAGGCUGCCAUCACCAUCCAGAGACACAUCAGAGGGUACCAGGCACGAUGCUAUGCCAAGUUCCUGAGGAGAACACGAGCUGCCAUCACCAUCCAGAAGUUCCAGCGCAUGUACGUGGUCCGCAAGAGAUACCAGUGCAUGCGAGAUGCCACUAUUGCUCUCCAGGCCCUCCUGAGAGGCUACAUGGUCAGAAACAAGUACCAGAUGAUGCUGCGGGAGCACAAGUCCGUGGUCAUCCAGAAGCACGUGCGGGGCUGGCUGGCGCGGCGGCGCUACGGCCGCACGCUGCGCGCCAUCGUCUACCUGCAGUGCUGCUACCGCCGCAUGAUGGCCAAGAGGGAGCUCAAGAAGCUCAAGAUAGAGGCCCGCUCCGUGGAGCGCUACAAGAAGCUCCACAUUGGCCUGGAGAACAAGAUCAUGCAGCUGCAGAGGAAAAUCGAUGAGCAGAACAAAGAGUACAAAUCCCUGCUGGAGAAGAUGACCGCCCUGGAGGUGACGUACACGACGGAGACGGAGAAGCUGCGCGGGGACGUGGAGAGGCUGCGGCUGAGCGAGGAGGAGGCCCGGAGCGCCACGAGCCGCGUGCUCAGCCUGCAGGAGGAGAUCGCCAAGCUCCGCACGGAGCUGCACCACACGCAGGCCGAGAAGAAGAGCAUUGAGGAGCGCGCAGACAAAUACAAACAUGAGACUGAGCAGCUGGUGUCAGAGCUGAAAGAGCAGAACUCAUUACUGAAAACAGAAAAGGAGGAGCUGAACCGCCGCAUCCACGACCAGGCCAGGGAAAUAACAGAGUCGAUGGAGAAGAAGCUGGUGGAGGAGACGAAGCAGCUGGAGCUGGAUCUGAACGACGAGCGGCUGCGGUACCAGAACCUGCUCAAUGAGUUCAGCCGCCUGGAGGAGCGCUACGACGACCUCAAGGACGAGAUGAACCUCAUGGUGAGCAUCCCCAAGCCUGGGCACAAAAGAACGGAUUCAACUCACAGUAGCAAUGAAUCUGAAUACACUUUCAGCUCUGAGAUCACAGAGGCAGAAGAUUUACCACUCAGGAUGGAGGAGCCUAGUGAGAAAAAAGCAGCGCUGGACAUGUCUCUGUUCCUCAAGCUGCAGAAACGGGUUUCAGAACUGGAGCAGGAAAAGCAGUCCCUGCAGGAUGAACUGGACAGAAAGGAGGAGCAGGCUCUCCGCGCUAAAGCUAAGGAGGAAGAAAGGCCUCCCAUAAGAGGUGCAGAGUUGGAGUAUGAGUCACUCAAGCGUCAAGAGCUUGAAUCUGAGAAUAAGAAACUGAAGAACGAGUUGAAUGAGCUGCAGAAGGCCCUGACAGAGACACGAGCUCCAGAGGUGACUGCUCCUGGUGCCCCAGCAUACAGAGUCCUCCUGGACCAGCUGACCUCGGUCAGUGAGGAGCUGGAAGUACGCAAGGAAGAAGUUCUCAUCCUGAGGUCGCAGCUUGUGAGCCAGAAAGAGGCAAUUCAGCCCAAGGAGGAUAAGCAUACAAUGACUGAUGCCACAAUCCUCUUGGAGGAUGUGCAGAAGAUGAAAGACAAAGGAGAAAUAGCACAGGCAUAUAUUGGACUGAAGGAAACGAACAGGCAAUCUCCCCAGGACUAUCAUAUGCUGAAUGAGGACGGAGAACUUUGGCUGGCUUAUGAAGGGUUAAAACAAGCCAACAGGCUGCUGGAGUCUCAGCUUCAGUCUCAGAGGAAGAGCCACGAGAACGAGCUGGAGUCUCUGCGGGGUGAGAUCCAGAGCCUGAAGGAGGAGAACAACAGGCAGCAGCAGCUGCUGGCCCAGAACCUGCAGCUGCCGCCCGAGGCGCGCAUCGAGGCCAGCCUGCAGCACGAGAUCACCCGGCUCACCAACGAGAACCUGUUUUAUGAGGAGUUGUAUGCAGAUGAUCCCAAGAAGUAUCAGUUGUACCGGAUUUCCCUUUACAAGAGGAUGAUUGAUUUAAUGGAGCAGCUGGAAAAGCAGGACAAAACUGUUCGCAAAUUAAAGAAGCAGCUGAAAGUAUUUGCUAAGAAGAUCGGUGAACUCGAAGUGGGCCAGAUGGAGAACAUAUCCCCUGGACAAAUCAUUGAUGAGCCUAUUCGUCCAGUUAACAUUCCACGGAAGGAAAAGGACUUCCAAGGGAUGCUGGAAUACAAGAAGGAGGAUGAACAAAAACUUGUCAAGAAUCUUAUUUUAGAGCUGAAACCACGUGGGGUAGCUGUGAACCUGAUUCCAGGACUCCCAGCAUACAUUUUGUUCAUGUGUGUGCGCCAUGCAGAUUACCUCAAUGAUGACCAGAAAGUGCGGUCCUUGCUGACUUCCACUAUCAAUGGCAUCAAAAAAGUCUUAAAGAAAAGAGGAGAUGACUUUGAAACAGUGUCCUUCUGGCUGUCGAACACCUGCCGGUUUUUGCACUGUUUGAAGCAGUACAGUGGAGAAGAGGGGUUUAUGAAGCAUAAUACACCUCGUCAAAAUGAACACUGCCUCACUAAUUUUGAUUUAGCUGAAUACAGACAGGUUCUGAGUGACUUGGCUAUUCAGAUCUACCAACAACUUGUCCGAGUGUUGGAAAAUAUUCUGCAACCAAUGAUUGUUUCAGGAAUGCUGGAGCACGAGACCAUCCAGGGUGUGUCAGGAGUGAAGCCCACGGGGCUGCGCAAGAGAACGUCCAGCAUUGCUGACGAGGGCACCUACACCUUGGACUCCAUCAUCAGGCAGCUCAACUCCUUCCACUCGGUCAUGUGCCAGCAUGGCAUGGACCCUGAGCUCAUCAAACAGGUGGUCAAGCAGAUGUUCUACAUCAUUGGGGCUGUAACACUCAACAACCUCCUCCUGCGCAAGGACAUGUGCUCCUGGAGCAAAGGGAUGCAGAUAAGAUACAAUGUGAGUCAACUGGAGGAAUGGCUACGUGAUAAAAAUUUGAUGAACAGUGGGGCUAAGGAAACCCUGGAACCCCUCAUCCAGGCUGCACAGUUGUUGCAAGUAAAAAAGAAAACAGAUGAAGAUGCAGAAGCCAUAUGUUCAAUGUGCAAUGCACUGACCACUGCCCAGAUUGUAAAAGUCCUGAAUUUGUAUACUCCAGUUAAUGAGUUUGAAGAGAGAGUCUUGGUGUCAUUUAUACGUACAAUACAGGUGCGUCUGCGGGACAGGAAGGACUCUCCUCAGUUGCUCAUGGAUGCCAAACACAUCUUCCCUGUUACUUUCCCCUUCAAUCCAUCCUCUCUGGCUUUAGAAACCAUUCAGAUCCCAGCCAGCUUGGGCCUGGGCUUCAUAUCACGUGUGUGAUCCCCAGGAUGUCCUGUCAGUGUUAGAUGGAGAACCAGUUGCCUGAUGUCUGUACCUGUUCAAACAUAGUGAGCCACUAAACCCACGUUUUUCUGAACAAAAGCCUGUCUAAGCCCAGGUGUGUAGUUGAGGUAGCUGGGAACUGCACAGCAGCACCAGAGGCUGAAGGCUCGUAGAAAGAUGUGCAUUUGUGCUCAUUGGUGACUGCAUUGAUGAGGACAUCACUGAUUUGUACGUGUCCAGAGUAUGGAAAUCGGGCUUGGACAAAAAUUGUGUCUUCAGCUGUCUAGAGACAUUUUUAGAUCUUUAGUAACAUAUUUAAAUAGUGUAAAUUAAAAUCCAUAUGUAAUCUUCUCAUAGGUGGGGACCAAUAGGGACAGUCACAGUCCUGGACGUGGAAGACUUGAAAGUAAGGCAUUUUGUAGUAGAAUACACAGUCACGUGGGAGCCUGUUACAUUGAAUUUGUAAAAACGGAAUGGAAAAACACAAACUGGCAAUAUAUAAAGUUAUUUCUUAAACCACUUCCUCAUUUAUGUCAGUUUGACAUAAAUUGUAGUUGAUAAGUCCUAUAGCUCACUAUAUGCUCUAACUUAGGUGUUUAUUUGUUAGAACUGUGGUUUACCAAGCAAACUAAAUCGCUGCUGCAUAUUCUGUUGUUUUAAAUGUAUGACAGUAUCAUACUAAGCACUAAAAAUAAGACACUUCAUUUUUUUGUUGUCAACCUUAUUUACAGUCUGUUGCUGUCUGUUAUUUUAACUGGAAUUUUGCACAUUGUAUCAAGUAACACCUGCAGAGGAAAAUGGUAACUAAGCACAAGUAGCACACUGGAAAUUACACCUUUAGUUAUUUUUAAAAGUAGUUAGCUAAAAAUACAGAAUCUUGAAGCAAAUGAUCAGAAGUCAGUAAUGAUUUUAGUAUUUAUUUAGGUUAUAGAGUCUGUCUAAUGUUGUUCUUUGUUUGUAGACCCCAGAGAUGGCAAUGUGUAUUUUAAGUAUAAUCUCUUGGUUUUAUGCCACUUAAAAAAAAAUAAUAACAACAGAGAAAAGUCUUCUUUCACACUGGAAUAUGAGGGGAAAAACUUUAAUAGAAAAUUUCUGCAGUAGCCCUAGGCUCUCAUUCUUAGAAAGGUUGACUAACAAGAAAGUUAAGUAGGUUUUGACUAUGAUGCUGUCACUUGACUAUGAUUCAUGCUGAUUUAAUGGUUGGAAAUCAGAGUGCAUAAUGAGAAACCGAGUUAUUUUGAAUGUUGCACAUUUUACUGGAAAGAUUUCUCUGUCUCACACAUCUUGGAUCUGCUAUAUAAAACUCAGAUUUCACAAUGUGAGGCAUAUUGGAGCGUGGAGGCCUCGUGUAAGGUUCCAGUUCUGUGGUGGAUGGCUCAAACAUAGAUGUAAAAAUAAAGCCACACACGUUGCUCAGUUGCAUUGUGCAAUAUUUUUAAUGUAUUAUAAUAAUCUGCAUCUUAGUGUUAACAUUAAUUUAUUUUACAAUAUUGAUAAAUAACCUAGAGGUACACUAUUUGGUGACUGUUUGGUGCUCCUCUGUUUGCCUGCAAAUUCACAGAGAAAAGAUUUGCUGUUGAGCAGACUGAAACAUUUCAGUUUUGUUUUACUUGAAAGGCAGACGUGCUGUUUGUAUGGUUGCUAAAAUUGGAAAUAAAGACAACAUAAACUUUCUCAGAAUCAUUUGAAGAUGCUCCUGUCAUCUUGUAUUCAGAUGUCCCAUAUUACAUUUGAUGGAUCAUGCCAGUACUUCUAAGAAUUUAUACUGCAUUGUGAAAGGGUUCUGAAUGAUCUUUGCUAAAUGAUUGAGGUUCUCCUCUGCACCAAAUACCAAACACUCUUUUUUCAAAGGUUACUUGAUUUCUGAGGUUCUGGCUGCUGUGAAGUGGCUGCAAAUGAGGUGUAAGGUCGUUUUCAGACUGUCAGGUACUGUACUCGUGAGAAUGUAAUGGCAAAGCCUUCGCAUCCAGUAACAGGGUUAGGAAAGAAAACACGUGAGAACAUGCUGACCUCCCAGGUUUUUUUCUCCUAUUGAAAAACAAACAAUUGGCAUUACGGUAUGUUCAUACUGUAGAUCAGGAAAUGUAUCCACUACUUAAGCGUUAGUGUUGAAAAUGUAUGCCUCAAUGUAUUUUUGUUUAUUUUUGAAGUUUGUUUACCUGUAAAAAGCCUUAUUGUAUCGUUUCCUUAAAAAAAAAGUAGUGUCUAGUAAUUUAUAGGUAUCAUCCUUAAACUCAGUGGUUGGACUGGUAUUACUUUUAUAUCACAUUAAAAGUAUAUGCUGCUUGACAUGUUUUAAAGGAAAAUAUUUUUGAGUUGGAAUAGAUGUGUAGUUGGUAAUUCAUCUAACAUUUUACAUGGCAGUAUUUUACAUGCACUUUUCAGAAGUAAAAUUUUAGUGUGAGUGUAUAAUAUAACUUUCACUUUAGGACUAAAAUCUCUUUAACCCUGGAAUAUAAUGCAGAAUUAUUUUAAAAACUUUUUUUUCCUUUGAAUCAUUGUUAUGCUCUUUUAAUGUGGACAUAUCUUUUAUAUUUUAAUUUAUUAUCUAUGGAGAUGAUAGAUUUUAUCAGAUGCUGGAAAAAUACUUGUCAAGGACCCCUUAGAAAUAUAUACAGUUAUUCUACAGAUUUUGCACAAUAAUUACCUCAUUCAGUUUGGUGUAUUUUUAUUCCAGUGAUCAUUUUAUUCUGAUGUUUAGGACACAGUCUUCUAUCCAAAUUUUGAAAAUAGCUUCUCACACUUCAAACUGGGAUGGAACAUAAAAGUGCUUAAGUCAGUUAACUGAAAUUAAUCUAUUAUAGGAAAAAGUAGCAUCAGCUUCAUUGAAAGUGGAUUGAUAUCCAGCAACAUUUGUUCCCUACUUGGAAACACCAGCAAUUGCAAUUUGAAGGUCUAUAUGUAAUUUGUGAUUUAAACUGAACAUAUUUCAAAUACCAUACUAAAACUAUGAUUAAACACUUGGGUUUUUUAAGAUGCUGAUACUUCAUGCGAUGAGUAAAAGCCUUUAAACAUAGGUUUGCACUUGAUGCCACUACAGUACAUAGAUGAAAAACAAAACAUUGUCAGAAUUACCUGAGCUCUGAUCUGUUGUAGUGUCUGAUGUUGUACUUAGUAAAUGUAUGCAUCAUAAAAACUGUAGCCUAAUAGCUAUCACUGGAAAAUGUCCAAAUAAAAGUACAACUGUA